UUUCACUCUUCAAAACCCCUUCUUCCUGCCACCAAAACUUGUGUUGAAUUAAACGUCUUCUUCAACAAACUGUUCAUUGUUUAAAAACUUCUAUUAACAUUUCAUUCAUAUUUACAAACAAUGUAUGCACAAACACUUCCAGUUUCAAAUUAUAAUAUCAACCCUACAAAACCCUCAUCUUACUUUCACUCUCUAAACCCUAACCCACCUCCCCAUUUUACUAAAUUUCAUUCCGUUUUCAAAUUCAAACAAGGGUUUUGCAAUUCAACUAAAAGGGUAUCUGAAUCACCCCACAAUUCAACGAAACAUGUGGUAUCAGCUGGGAUUCGAAUGGAAGGGUUACAGGGGAAAGAUGAUGGGUUUUAUAUAAGAAGGUGUGUGGAGCUUGCUAAAAAGGCUAUUGGGUGUACUAGCCCUAAUCCUAUGGUGGGCUGUGUCAUUGUUAAAGAUGGGGUAAUUGUUGGUGAAGGGUUUCAUCCCAAAGCUGGUCAACCUCAUGCUGAGGUUUUUGCACUAAGAGAUGCUGGUGAAUUGGCAGAGAAUGCAACUGCGUAUGUGAGCUUAGAACCAUGUAAUCACUUUGGAAGAACUCCUCCAUGUUCCGAAGCAUUAAUCAAAGCAAAAGUCAAAAGAGUGGUGGUGGGAAUGGUUGACCCAAACCCGAUUGUAGCAUCAAGGGGUGUUGCGAAACUAAGAGAUGCAGGAAUUCACGUUACCGUUGGUGUUGAAGAAGAAAUGUGCAAGAAACUUAACGAGGCAUGGAUACAUCAAAUGCAAACCGGGAAUCCUUUUGUUACCUUACGAUAUUCGCUCACUAUCGAUGGUAGCCUUUCGGAUGACGUUGGGGAAGAAUCCAUGGAGGCUGGUGGAUACUACUCGAGAUUAUUACAACAACACGAUGCGGUUAUAAUUUCUUCAAAAUCGUUAGCUAAACAUCCACUUCCCGAAUCAAAAGAACCAAAAUCCAACCAACCGCUUUACAUAAUAAUCGCAAAAGAUCCAAGUCCCGUGAUCCCGAUCCCCAAACAUACCCACGAAGAAUCAGCUUCAAAAGUCAUCAUACUCGCAGACCAAGAAACCGUUGUGGGAUUUGAACAAGGGAUCGAGACACUUGUGCUGGAUCAAAUGAAGUUAACGACAAUUUUGGAGAGUUUGAAAGGUCGAGGACUGUGCAGUGUAUUGUUGGAUUUAAGAGGGGGGUUCGGUGACUUUGAUGAGAUCUUGAAGGGGGUUGAGGGAAACUUGUUGCAGAAGCUGGUGGUGGAAGUGUUGCCAGUUUGGAGUGAAAGCAAAGAAGAUAAUACCACCCUUGAGGCAAUAAAGAUUAGCCGAAGAGCGGGUUUGAAGAACUUUGAACCUAGAAAAGACGGUAAAAGCGUAUUACUCGAGGGUUACUUCUAAUCAAUGAAGAUUAGCCGAAGAGCGGGUUUGAAGAACUUUGAUUAAAGAGUAUAUGUAUUUAUUUGCCAACUUGUUGAAAUGUUUCUUCUAUAAACAAAUAUAUACAGAUAACUACAGAAGUUAUUUCUUGAAUAUUAUUCAUCAGAAGUUUAUGUUA